AUGUCGGAUCUUGUUUACAAUCUUGUCGUCAAACCAGAUAUCACUAAGCCUCGCUUUGACCAGAGCACUUUUGCCGGACGUGCUAAGCAUUUUUUUGCCAUAACCAGCCCGCUCAACUUGUUCUACUCUGAAUCUCAGCUGGAUGCCUUUAAUGGCGUUGUCCAAAACUACAAGAAAGGAGAGAUUUCAAAAGAUUUGACAUUGGAUCAAUUAUGGAAAGCUAAGCAUAUCGUUGAUUCCGCUUUUCAUCCAUCAACUGGAGAGCAGACGUUCAUCAUUGGUCGCAUGUCAGCUCAGGUUCCCAUGAAUAUGGUUAUUACUGGAGGAAUGCUCACCUUCUACAAGUCUCCUUCUGCUGUGAUUUUCUGGCAUUGGUUCAAUCAGUCCUUCAACGCAGUUGUAAACUAUAGCAACAGAUCUGGAUCAGGUGGAUCUACAACUCAGCUACUUACAUCGUAUUGCGCAGCUACUGGAGGUGCUUUGACCGCUGCGCUUGGACUCAAUGCUGUUGUCAAGUCUGCUCCGCCAGUUGUUGGACGUCUCGUUCCGUUUGUUGCUGUUUGUGUCGCCAACGGAAUCAAUAUCCCAAUGAUGAGAAGAGGCGAGCUUAAAGACGGAAUCGACAUUGUUGAUGCUGAAGGAAACAAACUUGGGCAAUCGCGCAAAAUAGCUAAGUCAGCCAUUACUCAAGUCAUCGUGUCGAGAAUUGGAAUGGCUUUCCCAACAUUUGCAUUGAUUCCUAUCAUCGUGAAUCAAAUUGAGAAUAAACCAUUCUGGAAAGCUAAUCCAAGGCUUCUUGGUCCUCUUCAAGCUGCUCUUUGCGGAGUUAUUCUGUUGUUCUCAACUCCUUUAGGCUGUGCUCUCUACCCACAGAUGACUCCAAUCAAUGUUGAGGACUUGGAACCUGAACUUCAAGAGACAAUUCGUAGUACUCCUAAUAACCCCAAGAUUGUUUAUUGCAACAAGGGACUGUAG